AUGUUCCAAUUAUUUCUGGACAACUUAAUUAAAGCUAAAUAUCCAAACUCUGGAAGUUGUUUGAACUCUGAAAUUGAAGUUUUAAAAUGUAUUUGCCUCAUGGGUUCCGAGUGUGAUGAAACUUGUGCUUUCUGCAAAAUGCAGUGUUGGCCCUUUCUUUCAUCUAAACGUGGGUUGUCUUGGCCCUUAAAUGAUUGUAUUGAUCUAAAAUGGGAGUUUAUUCGAAGAAAGCUUUUAAUUAGAUUACAUAUUCGAUUAGGGAGAUGCCUUGCCAAUCUCGGCAAAAUUGAUGAAGCACGUGAAAAUUUUAUAAGAAGCAUAUCUUUUCGGGGUGAAGUUCCUUCAUUUCACUUUCCUCAUUUUGUUUUAGGAGUGCCCAAGAGAUGUGUUUGUUGUGGAGCGUGCUGA